AUGGCCGCCACCUCCCUCUCCGUCUCCCCAAACCCUAGCUUCACCACCACCACCACCUCUCGCAAACCCUCUCCCUCUCUCUCAACCCCAAACCACCUCAAAUUCCAAACCACCGCCACCUCUCCCUUCCCCGCCAAAUCCCUAACCACUCUUCACCUCUCCCAAACCACAACCCCACGCGCCGCCUUCUCCACACGCGCCGCCCCAGCCGCAUUGGACGCACCCCGCACCUCAUUCCACGGCCUCUGCUACGUCGUCGGCGACAACAUCGACACCGAUCAGAUCAUCCCCGCUGAGUACCUCACCCUCGUCCCUUCCAACCCCUCCGAGUACGAGAAGCUCGGCUCCUACGCGCUCUGCGGUCUCCCGGCGAGUUACUCCAAGCGCUUCGUCGAACCUAACGAGACCAAGUCCAAGUUCUCCAUCGUCAUCGGCGGCGCCAACUUCGGCUGCGGCUCGUCUCGCGAGCACGCGCCGGUUGCUCUCGGCGCGGCGGGAGUGGCGGCGGUGGUUGCGGAGUCGUACGCGCGCAUCUUCUUCAGGAACUCGGUGGCCACUGGCGAGGUGUACCCGCUGGAAUCGGAGACGAGGAUUUGCGAGGAGUGCAAGACCGGUGAUGUGGUGAGCAUUGAGCUGAGCGAGAGCCGUCUGAUCAAUCACACGACUGGGAAAGAGUAUGUGUUGAAGCCGAUUGGGGAUGCCGGUCCGGUUAUCAGAGCCGGUGGGAUAUUUGCUUAUGCUAGAGAGACUGGGAUGAUCCCAACUUUGUCUGAUGACAUAUAUAGGCAAAAUACCACCAGGUCGGUUGCAUGUACCAGAUUAGUUUGAUUGAGGUGACAGCGAGUUUGCUAUACUGAAACUAUUUAUAGUUUGGAUUUAUACAACAGUGUGUAUCUGAAUGCUGAAAGCUGUCCCUAGAUUGUAUUUCUAGAAACUUUUGGUGUUCUUGGUUGUUGAAAUGCAGAAUUGGAAGGAAUGGUCCUAUGCAUAGAGA